UCAUUCUAAUGUUGUCAAUCAAGCACAUUAAUCACACGAAGCACAUAGAAAAUAGAACGCUUUAUCUCCAUUAGAUUUCGCUAUUUCCCAUCAAGUUCUUGUAUGAGUUCUACUUAUGUCUGCGCAUCCAUUUAAAAAAAAAAAAAAAUUUAGUUACUUUUAGUUUGUUCCUGCCUGCAUUAAAACACGCCCGUUUUCACUUCUUUUCCUAAAAAAAUAUUUUAAUAAUGAUGUUAAUACGAAAAGUGAUAACCGGCAUCAAAGUUCUAUUACUUAAUAAAUAACUUUGGAUUACUUACUGGUGUAUUUUUUACGCUUCAUAAACUGACACCAAAAAAAUUUGCGAGCAUGGAGCUUUCGUAUGUAAAAUUGGGUUCAGCUGUUUUCAUGACAAUUGUAACGUUUGCAUUCACAAUGCUACCACUAUUUUUAAUAAGACUAAUUCGAAAUACUUCUGGCGAUAUUCGUGUGGUCAGUUUCCUUAGUUGUUUUGGUGGUGGUGUGUUUUUAGCGACUUGUUUGCUGGAUCUUUUCCCUGGUGUCCAAGAGCAAAUGAAUCUAGUCUUUAAAGAAACGAAAAGUGAAUCUAAUUUUCCUGUCAGUGAAUUUUUAUUGGCUUUUGGUUUUUUGACUGUCCUUAUAACUGAACAGAUAGUGCUCACUUUUCAAGAUAAAAGGGACAAGAACAUAACAGAUGAGAAAGUUCCGAUUUUGAAUGAUGUUGAUAAUCUUCAUGAACCUGCUCAAAAUAAUGUUGCAAAUUAUGGAUCCAUCACUGCUGAUCCGGAAUUGCAUGAUCAUGAAAUUUCAUUUCAUCAGGAUUUAAGUUCUCAUUCAAUUCUCCGAUCUGUAUUAUUAGUGUUUGCCCUCUCAUUACAUUCUAUUUUCGAGGGUUUAGCAAUUGGUUUGCAAACAUCAACUCAAAAUGUUGUUCGCAUUUUAGUAGCAGUACUGAUUCAUAAGUGCAUUAUUGCUUUCACUUUAGGCCUAAAUCUUGUUAACAGCAAGCUGAGGAAAUGUGAUAUUGUAAAAGGAAAUAUUUUUUUCUCCUUGACAUCUCCAAUAGGGAUCAUUGUCGGUUUCCUUGUUGUUGAUUUUAUAAAAGGAGUUGCAAUGCUGAUUGCUAGUGGAGUUUUGCAAGGGUUGGCAGCUGGAACAUUCCUUUAUGUCACUUUCUUUGAAAUCCUGCCUCACGAGUUGAAUUCAGGGCGGGAUCGUAUGCUGAAAAUGCUUUGUCUUGUGCUUGGCUUCUCAGUUGUAACACUGUUAUUAACAUUUCUACCCGAUUAAAAUAUGUUGAUAUAAAGUUUAUUCGACAAUGUUUACCAAAACAACUAUUUAUUUCAAAGACUGUAUUGUAUAUCUUUAUUCUGAGCAUUUUGUUUGAUAUUUAGAUAUUGUGAUUUUAAUCAUAUUUGACGACUUUCUUUGUGUAAAUUUCAGAAAGAACACCUUUUUUUCUAUCGUAGUGUUUGUAUUAAUUUUUGCUCAAUGUAAAAAAAGUUUUAACUUG